AUUCGGCGCGCGUACCCUUCGCAUGCGCCCGCUUCGCGAGUGACAAAAGUGACAGUUUAACCCCAAAAUGGCGGCCAAAUUUUACAUGCUAUGCGUACUUCUGAGCGUGACCCUGGCGGCGGGAGCUCGUCCACGGCCGAGGCUGCAGCAGCAGAUACAAGACGACUACGAUUAUGAACCCCAAGCUCAGGAACGCGCCGCUGGAGAUCAGGUGGUGCUAGUAGCAGCGGAUUCAUACGAUGGUCUAUACCGCGCAUCCGACCGACUGGACGACGAGUACGAGCCACGAGCCCUGCAGCGCCAGCCCGCCAGGCUCAAGCAGCCGCAGCUUCAGGAGGGGCCCAAGCAGCCGCCCGUGCAGACCAUCAGGAACUACAAUAAGGUCAAUGAUGAUGGUAGUUUCACUUUCGGCUACGAGGCUGCUGACGGCUCCUUCAAGGAAGAAACGAGAGGCACCGACUGCGUGGUCCGCGGCAAGUACGGCUACGUAGACCCCGACGGCAACAAGAGAGAGUUCACCUACGUCUCCGGAAACCCUUGUGACCCCAACAAACCUGAUGAGGAGGAACCCGAAGCCCCCGCCCCUGAUUCCGCAGAACGCGAUGACCCCGAACCUAACUACCCCAGACGACCAGUGGCGGCUCCUCGGCCCACGACCCCACGACCACCUACGACCUUCUUCCAGAACGACUUCAGCGAUGCUGAUGAAGACGAAGCCGAAGAGGAGCAGCUACAGCAUAUUAGACAGAGGGUAGUCCAGCGUCCACAGCCGGCCAGGAGGCCCGCCUACCAGGCUCAGCCCAUUGCUAUCACGCCCCGACCUCUGCAAGUCACUUCUCCUAGGACUCUGCCUCCAGCGACUACAUUCAGGCCGCAGCUCGUCCAAGUGACUGCUAAGCCCCAGAUUCAGUACAGCCCUCAGCCUAACUACUCGCCAUCUCCCGCUCCGGCUGUCAUAACCACCGCUGCCCCCGCCAGGCCAGGCCAGAUUGACUUUGCUGCUGAGUUCGCUAAAUUCCACCGUGAGAACCAACAACUGCAGUCCACUACAUCUGCUGGAGCUAACCCUACAAAGGCCACUUCCAUCGCCGCGCCCGCUCCCAGUGGCAACCCUCUGUACUCCACCGAGCUGGUCUACGAUCCUUCGAGUGGCUCGUACAACACUCAACUGUACCAGACCCUGCCUCAGACUAAGGGAGAGCUGAACUUGAACCAGAGACUGCAGCCCUACGUUGCUACUCAACAGCAGCAGCCCAGGCCGUUCGUGCCCUCUCCUCAGCUGCCAUCAGUGCCUACUGCCUCCUCUGGCCCCCUAUACAGACACCAGCUGCAGAACACUCAGCAAGUGUACCAGAGGCAGCAGGCUGAGAACCAGUUCCAGAACUCGCAGCAAUUGUUCGCUCAGCAGCAACAGCUGCAGCAGAGUCAGCUUCAGAGAGAUCGUGCAGCGGCUCGGGCGCAGGCGCAGAGGCUGCAGGUUUCGUCGCAGGCGCAGGAGGGCCCCGCGCAGUUCUACUACGUGGCGCCGCGCGGAGAGUCCGCGUCCUCCGGACAGAUCGACGCCUUCCUCAGAGGGCACGGCAUCCAGUUCUAGUGCCACAUCUGUAGCUGAGCUAGUUAAUCGCUAUCGACCAGUCAGCAACCCUCCAGGAAAGGCCAUAAGCAAUGUACAAGUCUCCGAUUGGUCGAAUAGUAUAAUCGAGUGCGAAAGUGUGUAUGUUUAUAUCUAGUGUUUAUGGACGGACAGUGGUGGUCUCCGUGUACAUAAUACGCUGUGUCUAAUCAGUACCUUAAUGUAAUUAGUAGAUAGUGUUAUAAGUUUAAAGUAAAUAAUAUUGUAACGUGUGUGACUUUCGUGCGUGACAGUCCCCGACGCGCGUUAUUGUAAAAACUUACAAAUGAUCAUUUGUAACAUUUUUGUUUAAAUAAUAAAUUAUAUUUUUUAUAA